CAAUUUAUGUGUCUCUUUGCCAUCGAGUCUGGUUUCAUCUUAUUUGCACGUCUGAAACAGUGUUAGCAACUGCUCCCUCAAGCCAGCAUUUUGUGUCAUGUUUACCAGCUUGUUUUGUCAGUCUGCUCAAUUUUCUGUUACCUUCUAGGUUUUUCUCCAGGCAGCAAAAUGGACGCAGGAGAAGUGAAGGACAAAAUAACGGCAGGAGUUUUCCCCUCACUUACAGGAAGGUCUGAGGGUACACAAGUCGAGUCUGUCUCUGGUCAGAUCUUUGCUACACUGCCUGACUGCUGAGCUGGAGCACACAUAACAGUCUUCCACAGGAAUCCACAGGCCUUAUAUCCGAUUUACAACCUUCACAGGCAAUUUCUGCUCAGACCCACUGAACUUUCCAUGGCCCGUGUUCUUUCCCUGGUCCGGCUUCAGCCUUUUCUCACCCUUGUGGGCAGGAGAAAACCUAUGCCAUGCACAAUGUCAAUGGACUCAAGGGCACGUGGGGUGUUUGCAGCUGCAGUGGAAGCUGUGCAGCCAGACACUGUGGUCCGGCAGAGUAUAGAGCGCAAGGAGGACUCAGUUGUUAUCUGUGGUCGCAAAUUCACACUCCAACACAAUCUGCACUUGGUGGGCUUUGGAAAAGCUGUACUGGGUAUGGCUGCCGAGGCUGAGAGGAUUUUGGGGGAUCACUUAGUAAAAGGAAUAAUAAGUGUGCCACAUGGGAUUCAGCAGACAUUACAGCAGCAUGGGAAAAACCAUCUGUUGUUAAAAGAAAACAGCCACAUCAAAGUAAUGGAGGGAGCUAAACACAACUUGCCUGACACUGAUGCCCAGAAGGCAGCUGAAGGGAUCAAGCAGUUAGCGAGUGAACUGACGGAGAAAGACUUGCUGCUUGUACUGAUUUCAGGUGGAGGCUCUGCACUAUUGCCUGCGCCCAUCCCACCAAUCUCGUUGCAAGAGAAACUUGAUGUUACCCGCAAACUUGCCGCUGCUGGUUCCACCAUUCAAGAGCUGAACACUGUGCGGCGCGCCCUGUCUUUCUUAAAAGGCGGAGGGCUUGCACAUUGUGCUCACCCUGCACAGGUGAUUGCACUGAUAUUGUCCGAUGUAAUUGGGGACCCUCUGGACUUGAUAGCCAGUGGCCCCACAGUGCGGAGUGAGGUGUGGCCUGAAGAAGUUUUGUCUGUUUUUGAACGUUACAAGCUGUUGAACUUUCUACCAGCCUCAGUAAAGGAAGUCCUUGGAAGACCAAGUCCCCGGUGGAGGGAGAAUACAGAUGAAUCUAACACAUUGGGACAUGUUCUCAAUGCUGUGAUUGGCUCCAACAGUGUUGCCCUUCAGUGUGCUGGUCGCCGGGCCCGAGAGCUAGGUUUCCGCCCUGUUGUGCUGGCACCAGGAGUGUGUGGUGAUGUAAGGGCAGUCUCCAGACUUUAUGGCCUCCUGGCCCACUUUGCCUGUUCUCAAAAGGAACCUCCUCCCGAGAUUGCUGCUGAGUUGCUGAGGCUGGGGCCUGAAGUAGGAGUGGAGAGCUGGGACCUCUGCCGUACCAUGCAGGUCUUGGAUGAAGGGCGUACAGAAGGAUGGGGCGCCACGUGUCUUUUAGCUGGAGGUGAGCCCACUGUGGAGCUGACAGGCAAGGGUCGAGGUGGUCGAAACCAGGAACUGGCCCUGCGAGUGGGACUGGAGCUAAGAGGCCUGGGACUCCCGCCUAAUGGUCCUGUUUUCCUGAGCGGUGGAACUGAUGGUCAAGAUGGACCCACUGAGGCAGCAGGGGCCAUUACUGAUGGAGGGUUGUAUGAAGAGGCACAAACACAGGGGUUGGACAUCGACAACUUCCUUACCAACAAUGAUUCUUACACUUUUUUUACACGUCUUUCUGCUGGGCAGCGAUUACUUGUACCAGGCCUAACCUGCACAAAUGUGAUGGAUGUGCACUUGCUACUUAUCCCACCAAUUCCCGUUAACAUAAGAUAAUUCCAAAGCACACAGAAUAAAUGAGUUAAGUAUCA